GUGAUUGGUAAUACUGGAGAAGGUGGUAAUAAUAAGAAUAUAGAAGAGAAAGAAGGAAAGAGAGGGGGAGGAAAGAGAACCCCAGGUGGACGACCAACUAAAUUACCAAAUUGUUGUCUCCCUAAUAAUAUGAUGAGUACCUUCUAUAUUGGUGGUGGCAAUGGUGUGGCAUUGGUAGAGGGAGCCUUGUUGAAUAUGGGAUGGAAAAGAAUAGUUGAUAAGCAUGAUGAGAGAUAUAAGUUAAAAUGGGUGGAAUGUAAAAGUAAAAUCAACUACCAAUCUUUCAGAGAAGGAGAGCAGUUAGUGAACCAUAUCCCCAACUGUCAUUUAUUGACCAAUAAACUAGGUCUAGUCAACAGUCUACAAGAGUACGAACGAGUCACUCUAACAACUAAAGGGAGACCACCUCGAUUGAAAAUGAGUGAUAUUUUACCAGAAACUUAUAAACUAGAUGAUAAAAAUGACAGAGAAUCUUUUCUUAACACUUAUAAAGAUGGUGAGAUGUGGAUCUGUAAACCAACUGGUAUGAAUCAAGGCAAGGGAAUAUUUUUAUUACGAUCUCAACAGGAAAUAGAUAAAUUAUUAUUAGAACGAGAUGAAAAACAACAACAACGAAAAACUAGUCGGCCAUUGAUGUCCAGAAUAGUUCAAAGAUAUAUUCACAAUCCUUUGUUACUGGAUGGUAGAAAGUUUGAUAUACGAGCGUAUAUGUUAAUAGCUAGUACUACACCGUAUUUAGUUGUAUAUCAUAAAGGUUAUGUGAGGUUAUCUUGUAUGCCUUAUGAUGGUGAUGAUACCAACCUAACUACACAUCUUACUAAUCAGUAUAUACAGAAGAAAGAUCCUAAUUAUAAAGAUGUAAAAGAAGAUACAGCAUGGAGUAUGGAUAAAUUUAACGAUUAUAUCAAUGAAAAAGUAGCUCCAGAAAAAAAUCUAGAACCAAAUUGGGUUUACAAUUAUUUAACAAAACAAAUGCAGAGAAUGAUGUUACAUUGUUUUAAUAGUGUGAAACAUAAAUUACAAUGUAAAAUGGGAUAUUUUGAUUUAUAUGGUUUAGAUUUUAUGGUCGAUACAGAUAUGAAGGUCUGGAUGAUAGAGAUCAAUGUCAAUCCCGCACUAAGCACCAACUGUGAAGCUUUAAAAGAUGUUAUACCCUCAGUUGUAGAGGACGCCAUU